AACACAAGAAAAAUUAAAACUCAAAAAACAAAAACGAAAACGAAAAAAAACCCAAAAACACAAACCAAUCAGCGCCACACACAAAAAACCCAAUCCACCCGAAAUUAAACUCCCAAAAUCUCACAAAAUUCAAAUCGUCUGGAUCUCUCGAUCCCUUCCUUCUUCUUCUUCUUCUUCUUCUUCUUCUCGGCCGCCGUUAUACUAAUGAUGGCCGCGCUCGGAUCCGAUCAACUGAAGCAGCUGAAGGACAUCUUCAUGCGAUUCGACAUGGACUCCGACGGCAGCCUCACCCAGCUCGAACUCGCCGCCCUCCUCCGCUCCCUCGGCCUCAAGCCCACCGGCGACCAGCUCCACGUUUUCCUCUCCAACAUCGACGCCAACGGCAACGGUGCCAUCGAGUUCGACGAGCUCGUCACCGCCAUCCUCCCAGACAUGAACGAGGAGAUUUUGAUCAACCAGGAGCAGCUCAUGGAGGUCUUCCGGUCGUUCGACCGCGACGGCAACGGCUACAUCACAGCCGCCGAGCUCGCCGGAUCCAUGGCCAAAAUGGGCCACCCCUUGACGUACCGGGAGCUCUCCGAUAUGAUGAGGGAGGCCGACACGAACGGCGACGGCGUCAUUAGCUUCAACGAAUUCGCGACCAUCAUGUCUCGGUCCGCCACUGAUUUUCUCGGGAUUUGAUCGGGUGUGGCGCGGAAAAGGAGGAGGAAGACGAUCUGCACAGACAAGCAUAUACAUUGAGACAUGUCCUCAAGGCCCUUUUAGUUAAUUAAGAUCAGAAUUACCAAUUAAUUAUGAACACAUCUUGUAAAUUUUUUUUGUAUAAAUAAUAAUUUGUGUUAUUAGAAACUUAUAAUUUAAUGUUAAUCUGCAUGUAAUUCUUAAUUCUCUCUCAGAAUAUGAUUUGGUAAUUCGACGUGAACUUUCAUGCAUGGUGAGAGAGAUUCGAGAAUCUGUCUUGUAACCGGUUGUGUAUUCCAUGAGAAAUAAAUAGAGGGACAUAUACCC